AUGGCCAGGGACCCCAGUCAUCUGCCGCGUGCCUGCCGACACCCAGCAAUCCCAGUGAGGGCCGCAGAAGCUGCCCUGGAAAUCAGCCGUACGGCAAUUGAAGAGCAGCUAAAGAUAUGUGGCCACAAGAGGGAUGCUGAUGUCUUUGAGCUGUUUCUUUCUCAAAAGGAGCUGACAGAGGUCAUUGAUCUUUCUGGGUUUAAAAAAUUAAAAUACUUAUGGCUACAUCAUAACAAGCUCCAUGGAAUAACAUUUCUAACCAGAAACUAUUGUCUGGCAGAGCUAUAUCUAAACAACAAUGCAAUAUUUGAUAUAGAAGGUCUGCACUAUUUGCCUUCAUUGCAUAUACUCCUGCUACAUCACAAUGAGUUAAUAAACCUUGACGCAACAGUAAAAGAAUUAAAGGGAAUGCUAAAUCUGAAGACCCUAACUCUCUACCAAAACCCUUUAUGCCAGUAUAACCUGUACCGUCUAUAUAUAAUCUACCACCUUCCAGGAGUUGAGUUGCUUGACCGAAAUCAAGUUACAGAAAAGGAAAGGAGGUCAAUGAUUACGCUUUUUAACCAUAAAAAGGCCCAUAUUGUUCAAUCAAUAGCAUUCAGAGGAAAAGUAGAUGCCUCAUGGGAUCCUCGAUCACCAUUUAAGCAAAAACCAGCGCAGAGAGUACCUUCAGACUUUGCAUUUGCAAAUAAUGUAGACAAAACUAGGUUUGACGACCCAGAAGAUGCUGUUUUCGUAAGGUCCAUGAGGCGAUCGGCAAUGGCUAUCACCUCUCUGAACUGGGACACAGUGCCAACACGAGAGGAAAAAUACCUUGAAGAGAAAGACACAGGACCUGCCCAAAUGCUUACAAUCACACUGAGAUAG